AUGGCAGAAGCUGUUAUAAGACACUGGGUGGAAACUCCCAUACGCUACCAAGAGCAGUUUGCUGCCCAAGAGCUGGAAGCACACAAACUGGACCACUUUUUAUACGCUUUGCCAGGCCCUUCUACAGCUGCACUGGGUGGCAGAAGGUGUAUCACAGAAAGUACAGCUGGGGCCGGGAAGAGCAAGAGCGGCCGGGAGGAGGAAAACACGCGCUUUCAGGUCCUGCUGGACGUUGUGCAAUUCCGCCCUGAAGAUAUCAUCAUUCAGACUUUCGAAGGCUGGCUCCUGAUCAAAGCUCAGCACGGACCCAGGAUGGACGAACACGGUUUCGUAUCCAGAAGCUUUACCAGACAAUACAAAUUACCUAAUGGAGUGGAGAACAAAGACUUGUCUGCGCUCUUCUGCCAUGAUGGCAUUUUGGUUGUUGAAAUGAAGAAUUCAGUGGGAAAGAAUUAG